AUGCCUUCAAGCCGAAGCCUAGGUGCCGCCAUCCUUUUGGGUGUCAUGCCUCUCAUCCAAGACUCGUACUCUUCCCCUGUGGGAGGCCGCUGGGAGUCAUCUCGUGCUCUCGGAAUAUCCUCUUCAGUCCACCACGGGAUGAGUGCUAAUCCGAUCGUCACACGAAAAAAGAGGUCCCAUCUCAUCCGACCACGAUCUAGCCAGGCUGAAACGAUCUCCCAACGCGUGAACCAAAUUCUUGGUAGCUCUGACAUUGUCCCGCCCGAUGCGCUUCCCGAGCCCAAGGAAAAACCGGAUGCACCGCCGACCGGUGCGAGCGGUCCCGAGAAAGCUGCCCCUCCUACUGCCGAGCACAAGCCUCAGGACAAACCCACUCCCGAUCACGAAGGAAACCCCUUCAGCCAGGCGCUCGGACCGAAUCCCCCUGCCAAGAAAGACAAUGGACCGGGCCAUGAGGAACUUAUCCCACAUCCCAUUGAUGACCCAUCCGCCCCAGGUCCAAACCCUCAACCUGAUGGCAAACCUCAUGAGCCUCACGGGGACGAUCACAAUGGGCACGAGGGGGCCGGCGGGCCUCCACCUAAGAAAGACGGGCCGGAAGAGCACCCGCCACCGCCGCCGCCACCGGCCGAUUCGCACCAGCCAGUCGGCCACCCGGAGCCUAAUCCUCUGAACCCACCACAUCCACCCAAUGGAGAUGAGCAUCCCAAGACGGGACCCCAUGGACCCGAGAAGGCCAAGACACAGACCACGGAGAUCGCAGUCAUCGCCGGCAUCCGGAUCGAGCGGGUAGACUUUCCCGCCCCGGAUUCCACGCCUACUCACCCUCCUGCGCCAGCAGAUGCGAAUGCCCAUCACGGACCCAAGGAGAAUCCUCUCGAUGAGAAAGACCACCCUCCGCCUCCACCAGUUGCAAGCGGUCACGACGACCCGAAAAGCCAUCCCAGCGAGAAAGAUCACCCACCCCCGCCGGCACCCGCCGACGCUCAUGCCGAGCCAAAGGAUCAUCCUCCCGCCCCGGCCGCCGAGCAUGGUCAUGAUCAUCCGGCUGAGAAGGAUCACCCUGAACCCAAGCAGGUCGAGAUUCCUGGAGUUAUCAUGAUCACCAAUGACUCCAAGGCCGGAAAAACUACCGAGGCUGGACCUCGCGCAAUCAGGAUCACCACCGACAAACUCAAACUCGAGCUCUUGCUCUGA